CACCCGAGAGGUACACCAUUCGCUCAUUAUUGCAUGCACUUCGGUCACCGCUGAGACAUAUCCAGAAACCACGGAUCAAAAGGAGUCAGGACCACGAUCCGCGUCCUCUCUCUCUCCUAAAACCACCUAAUCCGAACUACCGGUUUCCCUGCAAUCUUCCAAAACCACCGUUUUCAUGGGCUUCUUUUCCUUUUUCUCGCCAUGCCUUCUCUCCACCAUUUGCUCAUCCUAAACCCACCCAAACCCCUUGCUUUCUUUCUCCUGCUCCUCAUCUUUCUCCAUUCCCUGUUAUAGCAAAAACCCAUUUCUGGUUUCAUCGGAAAUCACUUCUGGUUUGGUGGCAGAAACCCAUUUCCGGUUUCACCCAACCAGCCGCCCAAACCCCCUCUGGUUCUUUCCUAAAACUGGUUUUGGUUCUGUACAGGAGCCCCUUCUGGCCAUGGCAGCUGUUUUCUUGUAUCAUGUGGUCGGGGAUUUAACGGUUGGAAAACCGGAAUUGCAGGAGUUUUAUGAGACGGAGAGUGUGGAAAUGGCGAUUAAGGCACUUGGGGAUUGUACAGAGAGUGCAAUUAUGGUUUGGAAGAAGAGGAAAGGGAAGGGUAUUGAGAGUGGGGAGAUGAAGCAGCAGAGGUUUGUGGGGAUUUUGAGCGCGCUUGAUGUGAUUGGGUAUUUGGCGAAAGUGAGUGGUUCUCUGGAUCACGAGAGUGCGCUCAAAACCGCUGUUUCAGAGGUGGUCGUUUCGAAUACUUCGAUACUCAAGGAGGUGGACCCUGGAACCCGACUUAUAGACGCGCUCGAGAUGAUGAAGCAAGGAGUGCGACGCCUUCUUGUACCUCGCAGUGUGGCAUGGAAGGGCAUGAGCAAGCGCUUCUCCAUCCUCUACAAUGGCAAAUGGCUCAAUAACCCCAAGUCUCCCUCCAACUGGGACAAUAGCCCCACCAGCCCUAGCACCAGCAGCAACAGCAAUACUGGUAGUGGAAACAACUGGUGUGUCCUCUCUCGCGAAGACGUCGUACGCUUUGUCAUUGAUUGCCUCGGUGCCCUUGCCCCCCUCCCCCUCUGCCCAAUAUCGACUCUCGGUGUCCUCUCCCCUUCCUUCCCCCACCUCGAUGCCUCUUCCCCUGCUAUAAUGGCUGCCUCUGAGCCUGCCCUAGAUCCCUCCGCCGUCGCGAUUGUGGAGCCCCUCCUUGACGGCUCUCUCCGAAUUGUUGGUGAGAUUUCUGCUUACAAACUUUGCAAGUGUGAUUAUCUGUCAGCAGCUUGGGCCCUGGCCAACCUUAAUGCAGGCCAAUUUGUUUCGGGUAUUGAAGCCUCUUGCCUCCCCCCUAUAAUUCCUACCUCUGCUCCAGUGUCACCGAAUGAGUCUCCCGGGACGAAGCCUAGAAAAUUUAGCAGUAAGAAUGUUGGUUUCUUUAACACCGAAGAAGGUCAAGUUAGCCCGAAUGGUGGCGCCGGCAUGUAUAGGGGUAGGACAACACCUUUGACAUGUAGGUCUACAAGCUCUCUGGCGGCUGUCAUGGCCCAGAUGUUGUCACACAGGGCGACACAUGUUUGGGUCACACAUCCGGAGAGUGAGGAUAUGCUUGUGGGUAUUGUUACGUAUACUGGGAUUAUCUCUGCAAUUACUAAGCCUCCCAAUUCUGUUGCAGUCCAUGGUUCUUGAUGCUCGAAGCUGAAGUUUGAGAUUACAUUGGGUUUGGCUUGUGAAAUGCCAUAUGUUUGAAGUAAUACUUUGUGUUUGUGAAUUCUAUAGAUUUCUUUUGUAGGGAUGGGUCGGGUUAUGGUGAGUCAGAAGUGGCUCACCAUUGGCGUGCAGUUUUCCGGGGCGUUGUGGAAUUCUGAAGUCUAUAGCAGUGAUUUCUAUUUGUUUUUCUUCAUCUUCCUUGAUCAUGGAUUCAGACUGGGUUAUUUUGGUCAUCUUUUGCCUCUUGACUAAGAAUAGACUAGCAGAUGAAUAGAUGUAUUCUUUUCUUGUUAUUCUUCUCUGAUCUUGUUGAGGAUGACAUUGAGAUUAUUAUUGGUGGGGGUGUCUGUUUUGCUUUUCUUGUUGUAUAUCUGCUCUGGAUUUGUUGAAUAAAUUUAUGGAUCUAUUCCAUGCAAC